AUGGCAGUUGAAGCAAGGCAUCUUAGUCUUUUUCAGGGCCAACCCAUUCACGACUGGCAGUCUCUCAAUCCUUCCAACCAAUCAAACUUCAAUCCGCCGUACAAUCCACAUAUGGGUUUUGCCGGAGCUACCUUGCCGGAAUAUCAAUCGCUUUACCGUCUGGCGGUGGGCGAUUCAGCUCAGGCGAAGACUUCCGUCAACACCGACAGCGGCCUCACGUGCAACGUACCGCGAAAGCGCCAGCGGGACUCGGCCAAUCACGUCUACGCUGUACCGAGCUUCCCUGCACCCGCGAAGCAGGGUAUUCCUCCCCAGCAGCUGCCGUCUUCCUUUGCCGCCGGCGAGGACAUUCUGCCGCAAUUACCGCAGUACCACUCGGAGAUCGACGCCAUUAUCUCCCAACACAACAAGAAAAUCAGAUUGGAGCUCGAAGAGAGGCAGAUGAAGCAGGCGAGGCUGCUAGCGGCGGCCGUCGGCGAAGGUUUAAUGAAGAAAUUACGGGAAAAAGACGAGCAAAUCCAGGGAAUGGGAAAACUUAAUUUAGCCCUUCAAGAAAGAUUGAAGAGCCUCUACCUCGAGAACCAGCUAUGGCGGGACCUGGCGCAGUCCAACGAGGCCGCCGCCAACUCCCUCAGAUCUAACCUGGCGCAGGUCCUUCUGCAAGUCUCCGGCAGCGGCGCCGCCGCGGAGGAGGUGGAGGACGCCGAGUCGUGCUGCGGUAGCACCGGCGACGGCCGGGAUGGGGAGAGGAUGUGCCGGAUGUGUGGUGAGAGGGAGGCGUGCGUGCUGCUGCUGCCGUGCCGGCACCUAUGCCUGUGCGGGUCAUGCGGCGGGGGCGGCGGAUCGCGGCGUCUGCAGGCGUGCCCCGUGUGUGACUCUAGCAUGGACGCAACGCUGCACGUCAACAUGACGUCGUCGUAG